UAAUCACAAUCGACGGCUUUCGUUUAAUCACCAUGUCAAGGAAAUUCAAUCGACGUUCAGAAAUAUUUCGAUUCGAGAACCUUCAUUUUCUUUAGUGGUCGAAGAUGAUGGCAAAAUCGUCAUUUGGUGUCCAAAGCCCCCAUCUCUUAUCUCCUCCUCCAAUCCCUUCACUACCAUGGCUUCCACUCUGCACCAAAGCCUCACCUCCCUGAAACCCCACCGCCCUCCAAAUCCCAACCCAACCACCACCACUCUGAGAUCCACCAGCUACGUUCCCAUACGUUGCGGGCCACGGUCUAACCGUGGGCCCCUGAUGAAAGGCCGGAUCCUAAGCAUCGAAGCCAUCAACGCCAUCCAAGCCGUCAAGCGGGCCCAAAAGUCCUCCGACGACCCCACCCAACUCCCAGCCCUCCUCUCCAAAACCCUAAACCGAUUGAUCAAGUCCGACCUCCUCGCUACCCUACGCGAGCUCCUACGCCAGGACCAGUGCGCCCUCGCUCUCCACGCCUUCUCCGCCUUCCGGUCGGAAUACCAGCCCGACCUGUCUCUCUACGCUGACGUGGCAUCCGCCCUUGCGAGGAACGGGAUGGUGGAGGAUAUGGACCGCCUGAUCCGUGACUUGGAGGAGGGAGACAGCGGGGGUGGGAUCAUCCAGUGUGAUGAUAAGGGGCUGAUCAGGCUGGUAAAGGCGGUGAUUGGUGCUGGGAGGAGGGAAUCGACGGUCAGGAUCUACAGGAUGAUGAAGAGGAGUGGAUGGGGGUCGAGUAUUGAGGCGGAUGAGUAUGUGGUGAGGGUUUUGAGUAAAGGGUUGAGGAGUGUUGGGGAGGAGGGUUUGGGUGAUGAGGUUAAAAGGGUCAAUUUGGAGAAGUUGAGGGUUAAUUUGUAAUUACGUUGAUGGCGUGAAUGAAUGAAUAAUAAAACUCUUCUAAGGCCAUGGUGUUGCAUUACAGAA